AUGACGGCAUUCGACAAAGCCAUGCGUCUAAUUGAUGCAGCGCACGCCGAAGACCCCCAUCUUGUACCCAUUCUGGGGGGCCUUUCAACCGACCAAGGAGUGAAGGGGGGAGAAACACACGAGAUACCAUACGAACUCCACUAUGCCAACAAAAUGACCACAUACCUCCAUCUCCGCUGCCCUCAUGCAUCAGACACACUUCGUCUCGCUAUCCGCGCCCAACACCUCCGUCGAUGGGAAGUACCCCGGGAGACAUACCCUUCCACGAAAGCCGGGUACCAUGCCUGGCGCAGCGGGCUCCAACGACGCCAAGCGGAGCUGGUCGCCUCUCUGUGCGAGGAAGCCGGGUACUCGAGUGCUGAGGCUAUGCGGGUUGCAACAUUGGUUCGCAAGGAGAGCUUCAGACAGGGCGAUGGCGAUGAGGAGGCGCAGGUGUUGGAGGAUGUGGCUUGUUUGGUGUUUUUGGAUGAUCAAUUUGCGGGGUUUCGUGAUGGGAGGGAAGAUGAGAAGAUUGUGACGAUUUUGAAGAAGACAUGGGCGAAAAUGUCUCCCCAGGGGAGAGAUUUGGCAUUGGGCAUUGAAAUGGGGGAGAGGGAGAGGGAGUUGGUAGUCAGAGCUAUUUCAUAG